AUGAAGUUCACCGCCUCCCUCGUCGCUCUCCUGUCCGCCACUGGCGCCUUGGCUGCUCCCGCCGCCGGAGCUGUCUCCAUGAUGGCUGCCGGUAACCAGUGGACCAUUCAGAGCCUCAACCGCGUCUGCAACGCUGCCGACACUACUUGCACCUGGAACUUCAAGAUCUUCCCCGGCAGCGGCACUGCCACCGCUUGCAAGUACGUCGUCAGCGGCGCCGGUGCCUCCCAGAGGAACGGAGGUCCUACAAAGUGCGGCAACUUCCAGAUCACUUCCGGCUGGAGUGGUCAGUUUGGUCCCGGCAACGGCUUCACCACCAUGUCCGUUGUCAGCACCGGAAAGCACAUCAUCUACCCUGCCUACACCGACAAGCAGCUUGCUGGUGGCAAGGUGGUCAAGCCUGACCAGGCCUACACCCCCGCUUCUCUUCCUUAA